UGCUGUGUGUUGUGUUCCUUGUGGGUUGGCGGAGAAAGUCCCGGGCAGCCAACGGCGGAGGAACAGCUAAAGUCACUAAGAAAGCCCAAACAUCAGUUAGUCGCGACUCUGACGUCGUCCCAGCAGGUCGACAGGAACGUUCUCUCUUUACCAUCAACCUAUACACAGAAGAUAUAUAAAGCAGCCAUAGCGCUAUAUCGUUCCAGUAGAGAGAGAGUGAACAAGCAACAAAGGACUAUAUCCGCCCGCUAUAUUUACCUUGUUUCCUGUUUUCAAAAGAAGUUUAUAUAAUCUCAGAUUGACUGGCAAGGAGAAGAGCAGCACAGAUUCAGACCGAGAUGACGUCCAACAAAUCGGUCGACAUUGAAACUACCGACUCUGAAAUCACGACGGUUCCCGGCAAUUUCAAUUCCGGAUGGAUGGCCUGUUGGAAUCAACGGACUCUACCCGAGAAACUUCUCCUCACAGCCAUUGCAGUCAUUUUCAUUGGUUUCUUUGUGGCCAUGAUUGUUUUGGUUGAAAUCUAUCUGAGAUUGGAGGAUCGACUCUUAACGGCUGGCAAUAAAUCGUUCAUUGUCACAGACGACGUUCCAUUGCCCGCUGGAUUGGGCAAUCUGACACGGGAGCCGGAUAUGUGCGUGACGAUGGAAUGCGUUGAAGCGUCAGCCCGGAUUCUUACCGCCCUGGAUCCAACGGCCGAUCCUUGUGACGAUAUGGCCAAAUUCGCUUGCGGCGGAUGGAUCGAAAGGCAAGCCCGAACAGCUGGCGGCAAAGACGUUGUCUUGGUUCUGGAGAACCUCCAAUCCUCGGUCGACCACCAAUUAAAAUUGAUGCUAGAAAGUCCGUCGAAACCGGAUGAAAUCAAAGCCAACGACAAAGUCCGCAACUAUUUCGCGUCGUGCAUGGCCGAGCGCCAGGAGCAAGUUCGUCACGCUUCCGUCAAAAAAGUUGUCGACGAACUUGGACUCAUUACCGCACCUGCCGAAUGGGACCCAGCCCAAUGGGACCUGACGAAUCUCAUAGCCCAGAUCCUGAAAGUGAACGGAGCUCCGCUUUUCGACCUCGUCGUUCAGGUCGACGAUCGCAACACUUCACGCUACGUUCUGAGCAUUUCUUUGCCCAGACAGAGCGGAAUUGUUCCGCAAUUUCACUCGCCCCUUCCUCGCGAUCUUCUCCACGAGCUGGACGCCCUCCGCUCCAAACGCAACAUCGACAAGCGCAUCAGUCGAACUAAAAGGCAAUUCGUCAAUAUUGGCGAAGGAUUGCCGGAUAUUCACGACGAAUUCCCUGAUCCGGCCAUGCUGGAAGCCUUGAAUAAUGCCGAUCCGACGCAAGAUAUCGAUUCCUUUCUACCUGAUGCCAAUUUCCUGCAAUCUAUUCAACAAUUCUCAAGAGACGCCAGGGCUUCGGCAGCCUUCCGGCUUAUGCAAGAUCUUGGCGCUUUCAGCUCUUUCCCAGUUCAGAGUGACUACAGGAAGGAGGAGGCGGCCAUCCGACGAGUCAUCUCUUCCAUCGACCAGCUCCUGCCCAGCGAUCGCGAUCGAAAGCUUAAACAGCAAAGCUCCAAGAUCCUCAAUUACUUCACCGUCGAUCUCCUUCAGCAGCAAUUUGCAUUCAUCAACUGGCCCGUUUUGUUCCGGGAAUCGCUUGGGAAGAGCAUCCCUUCGGACACGACAGUCGUCGUCCAUUAUCCGGAAAUCCUUCAUCAAAUCCAGGCUAUUGUCAACUCGACGGAACCUAGGAUCAUUCACAAUAGUUUGCUGAUGCUUGUGGUACGCGAUCUGGCGCUGGAACUUUUCAAAUCGCCGCCCGGGAUGGACAAAUGGUCGUUUUGCAUCCAGGCGGCCAAAGGGGGAUUCGGCGAGGUCCUCAGUGGUAUCUACCUCAAUCAUUUCACACCUGCCCAACUGGAAAAUUACCGAGUUAAAGCGGAAGAAAUGUUUGUGGCUCUGAAAGAAUCGGUCGUCGAGAUGAUUCAACAAUCCAGCUGGCCAGACUCAAUCACCAAACAGAAAGCCCUAAGCAAAGCUAGUAAUUUGCGACCCAAUGUCGUGGCCCCAUCCAUUUUCUUUAAUCAAACAUUUCUCGAAAGUAUGGCGGCGCAGGUCAAUAUUGAUGGACUGGAUUUCGUGGCGGGCACCUGGCAAAUGUACCGACUCUUCCGGCGUGACUUUUUCGACAUUUAUUUCAAACCGGUUGACGAAACGACCGUCACUUGGCAAAUGCUGGCUUAUCCGAUGAUUGCCAACGCUUUUUACCUGCAACAUUUCAACAGCAUGGUGCUGCCACUUGGACUGUUACACGACCCGCUCUUUUCGUUGAAGACGCCCAGCUAUCUCGGUCUAGGCACUCUUGGGUUCAUCGUCGCUCACGAAAUCAUGCACGGUUUCGAUAAUUCCGGCGUCGAGUUUGACGAAGACGGCGUCCGACGCAAUCUUCUCAGUCCACCUUCACAACUGAAAUUCCAACAGAAAAUGAAUUGCAUGAGCAAUCAGUUCUCCAGCGCCUUCCGGACCGAGUAUUUAAUCAACGGGAAAAGCGUCGUUCUCAAGGUGGAUGGAGAGUUGACUUUAAACGAGAAUGUCGCAGAUUUGGGAGCCAUUAAAGCCAUUGUUGCAACACGGGCUAGAAUGGACCGCGAGUCACCCGCAGCUAAUCUACCCGGCUUGAAUUAUACUCACGAGCAAAUCAUGCUGAUCAACGCCGCUCAGGCCUACUGUGCCCUGAUUACUCCGCAAGCGUACGCUCUGAUUCUCGGUAUGGACGAACACGCUCCGCCACACGAUAGAGUCAACGGUUUCAUGAUGAACUUGCCGGAUUACGGGCGAAUUUUCAACUGCCCGGUGGGUUCGCGUCUCAACCCCAAAACGAAAUGCUCCGUCUGGUAGACGCUCUUCUCAGGACCGAGUUUGAUAUACCUAGAUCAUUUAAUUUGUGAUUACAAUCAUCCUCCUAUGUAAAUAGAAAAUUUCAUUU